AUGAGUGAUGAAAUAAAGGAGGUUAUACAAGAGAAGAAGGAGGUUAUAGAUGAUGGAUUAGAUAGAAAAACAUUAUUUAUUAGAUCAAUCCCUUUUGAAGCUUCUUCUGAAGAGUUAAGUGAAUUUUUUUCACAAUUCGUUCCUGUCAAACAUGCAGUUAUUGUAACUGAUGAUGAAAAGAAAUCUAGAGGGUUUGGAUUUGUUUCAUUUACUGAAGAUGAUGAUACAUUAACUGCUUUAGUUGAAUCCAGAAAAAAUAAAUUUAAAAAUAGAUUAUUAAGAGUAGAUAUUGCAAAAAGAAGAGAUCGUAAGGAAAAGUCAGGGGAUUCGGCAAAUGUUAAGAAGGAAAUAGCACCUAUAGAGAAAAGAAGGGCACGAUUAAUUAUCAGAAAUUUACCAUGGUCAUGUAAAAAACCAGAUGAAUUAAAGAAAAUUUUUAAUAAAUUUGGUGGUGUUUUUGAUGCUUAUAUUCCAAAAAAGAAAGGUGGUCAAAUGUGUGGUUUUGCUUUUGUUAUAAUGAAAAAGAAAUCAGCUGCUGAAAGAGCAAUUAAAGAAUGUCAAGGUUUAAAAAUCGAUGGUAGAGAAGUUGCUGUUGAUUUUGCUGUUGAAAAAUCAAAAUGGGAACAAUUAAAAGUAGAAGAAAGUGAGGAAGAAAGUGAGGAUGUAAGUGAAGAAGAGGAAGAAGAGGAUAAUGAUAAUGAAGAAGAACAAAAAAAUAACGAUACUGAAGAAAUAGAGGAGGAAGAUGAAGAAAAUGAAUCAGAUUCAGAUUUUGACAAUUUAAAUCAAAUAAAUUCAGAUGACGAACCAGAAUCAGAUGAUGUUAUUGAUAUAGAAAUAGAAAAACAAGAUGAACAAGAUUCUAAGCCAGUUAAGAAAAGUAAUAGACAAGAUCCAUAUUCAAUAUUUGUCAGAAAUAUACCCUAUGAUGCAGAUGAGGAAACACUAAAAGAGCACUUUGAAGCAUUUGGUCCAGUUAAAUAUGCAUUACCAGUUACUGAUAAAGAAACUGGAUUAUCGAAAGGAUCAGCAUUUGUAUCAUUUGAAACUGAAAAAGCAUAUCUUGAAUGUCUUGAAAAUGCACCAAGUACAGGAGAUUCAACAACAAUGUUAAUUUCCGAUGAUGUCAAUCCAGAAUAUGUAUAUCAAGGUAGAAUCUUAUCAAUAACUUCAGUAGUCGAUAGACAAUCAGCAAAGAACUUGCAAGAAAGAAAUUCAUUGAAACGUAAAGAAAUUUUAGGUAAAUUACCAGGUGAAAAGGAUAAAAGAAAUCUAUUUUUAUUAAAUGAAGGUAGAAUAACUGAAAAUUCAAAAUUGGCACAAUAUAUAUCAAAAACUGAUUUAGAAUUACGUGAAAAAUCAUAUAAAUUACGUGUUCAACAAUUGAAUAAAAAUCCAACAUUACAUUUAUCAUUAACUAGAUUAGCUAUUAGAAAUUUACCAAGAGCAAUGAAUGCAAAAGCAUUAAAAGCAUUAGGUAGAAAAGCAGUUGUUCAAUUUGCAACUGAAGUUAAAGAAGGUAAAAGACAACAAUUAUCAAAAGAAGAAGUUAAUAGAUCAAAUAAAUUUAAGCAUUCAAAUGAAGAAGAAAAAGAAGAAAAAGAAGAAAAAGAAGAAAAUGCUAAGAAAAGUUCAAAAAACAAAGGUGUUGUUAAACAAGCUAAAGUUAUAAUGGAAGUUAAAGGUACUAGAGAACAAGGAAGAUCAAGAGGUUACGGUUUUAUAGAAUUUAGAGAUCAUAAAGCUGCAUUAAUGGCUUUAAGAUGGUUAAAUGCGCAUGAGGUAAGUAAUGAAGAGAUAACUGAAGGUUUAAAUGAUGAUGAAAAGAAUGCUGCAAAAUUGGAACAUGCAAGUAAAAGAAGAUUAAUUGCUGAAUUUGCAAUUGAAAAUGCACAAGUUGUUAAAAGAAGGAAGGAGAAGGAAAUGAUACAUAGACAGAAAUCUUCAGAUCUUAAAAGAAAGAGGGAAAAUGGUGAAGAAGUAGAAGAAGAAGAACCAUCAAAAAAGAAAAUAAAAGGCAAAAAGGGUAAAAAAGGUAACAUGAAUAAGGGAAAUAAAAAACAAGAACAGAAGGAAGCAAAGAAACAAGAACAGAAGGAAGUAAAGAAAAGUGAUACACCAGAUGAUAUCAAAAAAAUAAUAGCUCAAAAAAGAAGGAAAAGAAAAGGUAAGAAAUAA